UAUCAAGAAGAUGAUAACCAUUUAUUAAAAUAAAAUAAUUACAGUUAUACUCUUAAUUUCUUUUCGCUACAUGCAACAUUCACAUCCCUUAUAUAGCUCUUUGCCUCCAAAUUGGUUCUCUUGAUCGUUAAGCGAAGAAAGCCGGAAACUUCACUUUUCUCUACUCCACCUUCAACGGUUAAUUCGAAUUCGAGUUCCUGGUUUUUUCAUUUUCCCCGGCGAUUUUCUCCUCGCCACUCUCCUUCGCCCUCCGUUUCAAGUCCAAUUUCUCGGCGCGGAUUCACGUCUACAUCCACUUCCACUUCCACGGCGCGGCGCGAUUCUUGUUGAUUCUUGAUUUUCCGUCGAGGUUUGUAUAACUGGCAAAAGAAAAUGGUUGGUAAGAUUGUUCUGGAAACCGGAGAUAUCUUGAGUCCACCAAAGCCUGAUGAGAAUUCACGCAAAAUGGUUACUUCAGAGUCUCAAGCUGCUGAUGAUCUUAAGGCAAAAGGAGAUAUGCUCAAAGACAGCUCGGGUGAUUUGAUUGGAAAUGAAGAGUCGGUUGUGUCAGAAAAGAAUAUUCCUCAGGAUCUUAUUGAAUUGAUUCUUCAACGCCUUCCAGUGAAGUCAAUUUUUCGCUUCAAAUUGACUUGCAAAGACUGGAGGAGUCUCUCUACCCUACCAAGGUUUAUCUACAAACACUUAGAAGUUAGUCAGAGGCGGCUGUUUCUUCACAUAAGGGGCUCUCAAGUUUGGCAGCUUGAUCUAGAAUCUCUGACAUAUUCAAGGAUCCAAGACUUUGGAGAAGAAAUUGGAAGCAUCUCACACUGUGAUGGCCUGGUUCUGUUGAGCACAUCUUGCUAUGAUCCUUCAACCAAAACUCUCUCAAGGAGGAUAGCUAUAUGGAGUUGCUCUCAAGGUGCAUGCGCCUGGAUACCUAGAAUUGGGCUCUCCUUCUAUGAUUUCUACUGCCUAGGGAGAGAUAGCAAAAAAUCCUACAAACUAUUGAGGUUCACACAUGGAAGAUAUGAUCAGGAUGAUUUUGAAGCAGAAGCUGAGUUAUAUGAUCUUGAAUCACAUCGCUGGAAGACUGUUGAGAUAAUAGAUGACUGGAUUACACAUGGCAACGGCAACUUUGGAGCGGUGUCCGUUGAAACUAGCUCAUAUUGGGUUGCUGCGACAGAGGAGGGUAAAUAUUUUGGGCAGAGUUUUGACUUCACUGCCGAAUGUUUUAGAGCCAUAACUCUCCCACAAACACUUGCUCUCUCUGGUGAAAAAACACUGGCUCUGUCGCCAUUUGAACACCAAAAGCUGUCUAUUUUGUGUCAGAUAGCAGACAAAACCGAGCUUUGGAUUACUCAGGUUGGAGAUGUUGUGAAUUGGGAGAGGUUUCUUGUUUUUACAGGACAUCAGCUUAUACCUCAGAAUCCAACCUUUCUCAUCAUGGAAAAAAUGGUCAAGGUGUUUUGUGAAGAAGUAACGGUUGAUAGAAGUUUUGCUAAGAUCAGAAUCAGACAGAUAGGCCAGGGCGGCUUUGAAGAUACCCAAAUAGCACAAUAUCAAUUUGAUAGGCAUACAAGGAGUUGCCUGUAUACAGAGAGUCUGGUUCCCUUGCCAUGAGGUACAAUGUUUCUGAGGCAAAGCAUCAAUAUAGUCUUCGGUGACAGAACAGUUUUUUUUUCUCUGGGAGUAUGAUAGGAAACCAGAUGCGGCAGACAAGGUGUUUCUGAACAUGUUAAUACAAAUUUGUUGUAGAUUUGCUUAAGAGAUUCUUUUUGGAUUGGGAUACAGAGAUACUAUAGAGUCAACGGUAAAGUACAUUUUGUUUCCUGAGAGAGUAUGAUAGGAAACUAGACAUGUGGAUUUGGUUACAGUUUCUUUUUUGGAUUGAAAUACAAAGUUGAGAUCAUAAAUUGGCCAUCUCGGAUGGUGGUGUUUGCUGUUUGUUUGGUUGAUAAUCUUGUUUGAUUGAA